AUGCUGCAAUCACUCUUUUGUUGUUUCAACCGUGGCAUUUACGGCGGGGGUUCAUCCUCUCACGGUCCCUCACCCCUACCUACGUAUGCAGAAGCAUGUAGGGGGCCUCAAGAAGAGGGUGUUGGGGGUGGCUCUACCUCCACUUCUCUAAGGGCCAAGCACAGCGCAGACCUCGAGGAUUCGAAAUCUGUUUAUACCAAGCCAUCUCAGUCUCUAGAGAGACGUCAGGCGAGAUUUGAAGAAGACAGGCAGCCCGCGAUCACCUCGGGUCAAAUCGAGAUCCCCGAGAACCAGUGCGACAUGAGCAAACAAGUUGGGUUCCCUGAAGGGAAUAUUAUAAAGUCAAAAACUGCUGGUGAAGUGAUAGACUUAGUCAGGUUGCUUGACUUCGACAACGAUCGCAUCAAAGCAUUACAGGCGGUGGCGUCGAGCCUAGAGCAAUUUACUGCCCUCGAAACGAUAGACCUGGUCAGGUCAUUCGACUUCGACGACGGUCGCAUCAAAGCACUACAGGCUGUGGCGUCUAAACUAGGGCAAUUUACUGCCCUGGAAGCGAUAGACAUGGUCAGGUCAUUCGACUUCGACAACGGUCGCAUCAAAGCACUACAGGCCGUGGCGUCUAAACUAGGGCAAUUUACUGCCCUGGAAGCGAUAAACCUGGCCAGGUCAUUCGACUUCGACGACGGUCGCAUCAAAGCACUACAGGCCGUGGCGUCUAAACUAGGGCAAUUUACUGCCCUGGAAACGAUAGACCUGGCCAAGUCGUUCGACUUCGACGACGGUCGUAUCAAAGCAUUACUGGCUGUGGAGUCGAAUCAAAAGCAAUUGAUUUAA